ACUCCUGACUGAUCCCAGGCCUGCUCACUACAUGCAGGCGGACGUGCGUCGCAUAGACUAGACGCUGCACACACCGACACAGACCCGUAGCCUACUGACGCUUCCACCUCGGUGAGCUUCGACCUCAGCUCAGCUGUGUGCUAUUUGCAGUCUCCGUGUGACAGCUAUAAUUCGGCGUCCUUUUGACGAGGCUGUGGAUACGUAAGUGUUGCGCCAUGCUGCCGCACAGCUGCUUUUUUUAAUUCCUCAAGACGGGAACGGGAGACCUCCGCCAUCGGUGAAAAUUGAGAUGUGUUCUCUGAGCCGCUCGUCUGAACGGAUGCUCUCCGAAAUGGUGUCUGAAGCUAACCCUGGUCGCCUCUGUCCAGCAGAGAUCAGAAGCAUGGAGAGGGCUGCUUCUGACGCGCUUUGAGAUGAAGGAUAAGAAGAAAAAAAGAGACGUGAAAUGAUUUUUCUUUUUGUUUGUUUUGUUUGCUUCUGUUUUGUUUAUGAUGGGGAUUAAUGCGCAUCCAGAUGGGAUUUAUUCCUGAGUAGUUUUCAGCUGAAGAGGGCGGCGGAUCGUGUUGAUUUUGUUCUAAAUUCAGACCUGGAAGAGAGAGGGGGGGAAAGGAUACCGCUGCUGCUCGUCGGUGAAUUGAUGUGGGAAUACGCGCUACCUGGGCUGCAUAGAUGGCAAACACAAGCGAGUUAGGAGAGAGCAGCCCGUCCUUACAGAACUAUGCGUCCACGGCCUCUGCGGUCAAGCUGGCCUCGCUGGGUCUGAUCAUGGGCAUCAGCCUGCUGGGCAACGCGUCGCUGUCGCUGCUGCUGCUGAAGGACAGCUCGCUGCAUAAGGCGCCCUACUAUUUCCUGCUGGAUCUGUGCCUGGCGGACGUGGUGCGCUCUGCCGUCUGCUUCCCCUUCGUGAUGGCAUCGAUCGGCGGCGGCUCCGCCUGGCCGUACAGCCCCCUGAGCUGCAAGAUCGUCGCCUUCAUGUCGGUGCUUUUCUGCUUCCACGUCGCCUUCCUGCUCUUCUGCGUCAGUGUCACCCGGUACAUGGCGAUCGCCCACCACAGGUUCUACUCGAAGCGGAUGAAUCUGUGUACGUGUGUGGCGGUGAUCUGCAUGGUGUGGACUCUCUCCGUGGCGAUGGCUUUUCCUCCGGUUUUCGACGUGGGCACCUACAAGUUUAUCAGUGAGGAGGAGCAGUGCAUCUUCGAGCACCGCUACGUGAAGGCGAACGACACCCUGGGCUUCAUGCUGAUGCUGGCCGUCAUCGUGGGGACGACUCAUGUGGUUUACAUAAAGAUGUUGUGCUUCGUUUACGACCACCGCAAGAUGAAGCCGGCUCAGCUGGUGCCAGCUAUCAGCCAGAACUGGACUUUCCACGGCCCCGGGGCCACCGGGCAAGCCGCCGCCAACUGGAUCGCCGGCUUCGGCCGCGGACCGACCCCCCCGACGCUGGUGGGGAUCAGACAGGCUUCGCACCCCGGCAACAGGAGACUGCUGGUGCUGGAUGAGUUUAAGAUGGAGAAGCGCAUCGGGAAGAUGUACUACAUGAUUACGCUGACCUUCCUCAUUUUGUGGGCGCCUUACAUAAGCGCCUGUUACCUGAGGAUAUUUGUGCGAGGGGCCCCGGUCCCGCAGCUUUACCUGACGGCUGCUGUGUGGAUGAGCUUCGCCCAGGCGGGAGCGAACCCCAUCAUCAGCUUUCUGUUCAACAAGGAGCUCCGGAUGAGGCUCCGAGCGUGUUUCCCCUGUUGCCUGGGAACGCAGACACCCAUGGAGCCGUACUGUGUCAUCUGAACCGCAGCGGGACCCUCAAAUACUGCCAAAGACACGUUUGUGUAGGAUUUCAGAAUGUAUAUGGAAUAGUUUACCCACAUUUCUAUCAGUGGCAAAGGGUUUACACACCAUUUUAAUCUGACAGAACUUUACUGAUGGUGUAAAUUCCUGCUAUAUUUUGCUUUCUGGACUGAUUUAACUCACAUGAAGCAUAAUAUGUAAUGAUUUAAUUAAAAAGAAAUAGGCUGCA